UGGAGCUGGAGUGCUCAGCUGCGGAUGCCGUUUCGCCCAUGGCGGGGGCAGCUCCGGGCACGGCCUUCGGGCAGGCGGUUAUUGGGCCGCCGGGCUCCGGGAAGACCACGUACUGCCUGGGCAUGAGCGAGUUCCUGCGCGCGCUCGGCCGGCGCGUGGCGGUGGUGAACCUGGACCCCGCCAACGAGGGGCUGCCGUAUGAGUGCGCCGUGGACGUGGGCGAGCUGGUGGGACUGGGCGACGUGAUGGACGCGCUGCGGCUGGGGCCCAACGGCGGCCUGCUCUACUGCAUGGAGUAUCUGGAAGCCAACCUGGACUGGCUGCGCGCCAAGCUCGCCCCUCUCCGCGGCCACUACCUCCUCUUCGACUGCCCGGGCCAGGUGGAGCUCUGCACGCACCACGGUGCCCUGCGCAGCAUCUUCUCACAGAUGGCACAGUGGGACCUCAGGCUGACUGCUGUCCACCUCGUGGAUUCUCACUACUGUACAGACCCAGGCAAGUUCAUUUCAGUCCUAUGCACCUCCCUGGCCACCAUGUUGCAUGUGGAGCUGCCCCAUGUCAACCUCCUCUCCAAGAUGGACCUCAUUGAGCACUAUGGGAAGCUGGCCUUCAACCUGGACUACUACACAGAGGUGCUAGACCUCUCCUACCUGCUUGACCAUCUGGCAUCUGACCCCUUCUUCAGUCACUACCGCCAGCUCAAUGAGAAACUAGUUCAACUCAUUGAAGACUACAGCCUGGUCUCCUUUAUCCCUCUGAACAUCCAGGACAAGGACAGCAUCCAGCGAGUCUUACAGGCUGUGGAUAAAGCCAAUGGCUACUGUUUUGGGGUUCAGGAGCAGCGAAGCCUGGAGGCGAUGAUGUCUGCUGCAGUGGGAGCUGACUUUCAUUUCUCCUCCACUCUGGGCAUCCAAGAAAAGUACCUGGCCUCAGACCAGUCAGUAGAGCAGGAAACCAUGUAGCUGUAACACUCUGGCCCUGGAGCGCAUCGGACAGCUCAGCAGAGUACAGACCCAAAGCCAGUGUCCCAGGCCAGAGCAGGGAGGCUGGAAGAGAACACUCAGCUCCGCACAGGA